CGAUGUUAUGUGUCAUUACCAUUCUACUCUGUAUACUCUUUAUGGUCCUCACUGUCGCUCUUCUUACUGGCAUUGCAUUUGUUGCGGGUCACCCCCAGGCGCGCAGGUUAUCUCUGUCCUACUACCUUUCGUCUUCUUGUACAUGGUUUUUGCUCCAGUUUAAUCACUCUCUGCAGGCAACUGUCGACACGGACCGAGAAUACAUGUAUACACGUGUCUAUCUAUGGAGAUAUUUAAUGUCUAUCGAUUUGUCCUCGAGCUUGUGAUACAGCCUAUGUAGGUACUAGUCCUGCUCCGACUGGCGAUGGUGCUUAAGGGGGCUGUCUCACAUAAGAAGUCUUCCGUGGUCAGAAGAUGAUCACAUGCUGCUACUACGCUGAUGCACCUAGACGAGUUGAAAUAUAGUACUAUGCGGAUUGUCA